CGAAAGUUAGCACAUGCGUAAAAUGCGCUCCGCCAUGUUUGUUGUCAUAAACAAUUUCACCAGCAAAAAAUGUAAGUCCAUCUGAGCGCACCUUAUCUUUCGGUAGUUUUAUAAAAGAUAUAUCCCAAAUAUGGGGGCUGGUGCGAGCAAAGGACCGGCAGUUGGUGUGCCCGUGAACCCCAGGGUCCAGUACACGGAUGAACUCGCCCAAAAAGAAGGGAAGACCCUAGUCAUAGAUGCACCCAAUUUAAUGGACCUGAAUCAUGGCACUGUGAGAUACAGAUAUGUGGAGGAUGAGACUGCCCCCAAGAAGAAGCAGAAAAGGACAGAAAAACCACAUGAAGUAGACAAAAAACAGAUGAAGCAUGGGUAUUUUUAUCAUGCCAAACUGAAUGAUUAUAGUGAAGAUGCUGGUUAUCAAAAGGAAGAUUCUUUCAAGUUUUGUUAUGUCAACAAAGGCCCAGAAAGUGCAAAAAAGAAGAAAUUAUAUUAUGUAUAUGGAAAGGGUCUAAAUGCCAGAGAUACAAGAUUUGACAAGCACACAAAAGAAGAUAAACCCCAGGGAAUUGGUUAUGCCUGGCCUAAGUCAUUCCGACAACCUCAUCACGUCUAUUAUCAACUAAUCUUUGUGAAACAAGAUGCAGAAUUGCCUGUGAUUGAAGGAGAAGAUGAGGAGGAAGAGGAUGUCCAACCAGAAGCUGAAAUUUCAGAGAAGGAAAAAGUUGUAGGGAUGAAAGUGAAAAGCUCUGACUCUGUAAAGGAUGUAAAGAGCCGUCUUGCUAUACGCUUGUUAAAGUCAGUUGACCACAUCCACUUAAGUGUAGGCAGUGAGGAAGCAAGGGAUGAAGAUCAACUACAGACAUUACGUAAAGAAUCUGAUGGUGAAUGGAAAAGAUUCCGUAUUCAGCUGAUGGCUGUGUGAAACUACUGGGAUUUUAAGUUCCAGUAUAGAAAAAUACUGUGUCAGAUAUUUAAUGAUGCAUUAUAUUUGAUCAUUCUUAUGCCUGAUGCUGUGUGAUAUUUCUUAGUAAAUACACAUAUCUGCAGUAAAACAUCAGUUGAUUAUAAUCUGUUUGCAAGAAAUUGUUGUUGGCAUAUAUAUAAAUGUGCAAGUAUUUUAAUCGGAGAAAAAAAACAUAUACAUAAAAAAAUUAACCAAGCUGGUCUUGUUUGGCUUGAAUAGGUUCAGGAAAUGGGUGAUAUAUUUUUCAUGCAUAUCUGUCAUGUAAUAGAUGUAGCUAUGUGUUUCCUUUCUCAGUACUUGUAUCAGCAUUUGUUAGGUAGUGUGCAAUUAUAUUUACAACCAGCUUAAGUAUAAUGUAAUGUUGAUUAUGGCCAAGUCACACUAAGGACACAUUAUCUUAUACAUCAUACAAAGCCAUGUAACUUCAGCAAUGAAUUGUUUUAACUGAAAGCCACUGAAAAAAAAAUCAAGCAACAACUUAAUGCAGCUUAUAAGUUGAAGUUCACAUGCAAUGAGGUUUACAGUUGAAGUGGCUGCAAUAUAAAUUGUGUUGGAACACUGAAAUAUCUCAGAAUCAAAGACUUGUGUAACAGCAGGGAAGAUUUACCUGCAAAUAUGCAGCAGUCUCAGACACUAUUUCCAGUGAGGUAAAUUCCUAUCUGUGGGCUAGAGGGUGGGUUACUGGGGUAUAAUUGAUGAGUUAAUUAUUACUGAUUACUGAAGAGUAGUGCUGAUGCAGAGUAUAAACUUUUAAGUGGGCUGGUCCUCUUGGUUUAUACUGUAAUGGAAAGGGUGUACGUUUUAUUUAUCUUAAAUGUUUAAGAUCGCUUUACUUA